CGGAUGCAAGAUCCACCCAAUGAAACGUCGAAAAAUCUUCCACUCGACCUCUCCUACGCUGUCGACUUCUCCCUCUGUCUUCGUCCCACUGCAGCUGCAGCCCGGCCCCAAGGCGGUUGUGUGCACCUCCUGCAACCGAGCAUUCCCCGGAGCCAAGCAGAGCCAGCUCGUCCAAUGUGCCCGGUGCCACGCGCCGACGUGCGCGAUCUGCUCGCGGACGUGCAAUGGCGUCCCGCCGCCGUCAGUGCCACCGACCCCGGAGCUCACCAUGUCGCCUGUGUCUCCUGCGUCCCCCGGGUCGCGGUCCCCGGACGCGCGCACCCCGCCUCUACUGUCGCUCUCAUUCUUGGAUGCGAACGCGAGUCCCGGACAUUUAUUUGGGUCUGGGGGUAGGAGACCGGCGCUGGCCUCUCAUAGGAAUAUGGCUCAGAGUCCGGAUGGGGGUGGAGGGAAGCGGAGGAAGAGGCGUGAGCACGAGCACGAGCACGGGCAGGAGGAUGACGGACGGAGAGGGCAUGGAGACGAGAAGGAGGCGGAGCCGGGGUGCGGGAGGGUGGUGUGCCAGGGGUGUUCGUUCGAGACACCGGAGAUCGACCUGAACACCUGCUACGACUGUGCGGGGCGUGAGCCCGUCCACGCUUGAGCGCGAGAUGUGCUCGUGGAUGUGCGUUUCGCAACUCUUUCCCUUCUCCGCUUCGCUGCUGCCACUAUCCUGUGUCGUUGCUCGUGCUGUGCUGCAAGUGCCUUAUUUACAACCACAUCCAUCUCCAUACAUACCAUAGGUCCAUGUCUCGCACUCGUUUGCACUCAUAUCCACAUCCUCAUACAUACGGUCCACGGAAUGAAUUGCGCCCUACCC